GAGCCCUCCAUACCCAAAACCUCAUCAACUUCACUACUUCAGAAAUGAAUGAUACAGUAGACAAGCUUGUGAUCUUCCUAGCCAAGAGAGAUGGUAUUGACAAACUGGUGAAGACCUUUCAAUAUGUAUCCAAGCUUGUUCAUUGGCAUGCAGAAUCGACACACCCGGAAAUUGCCCAAAGAUUCAAGCAAUGGGAGGUGGCCUCCGGCCUCAGCAGAAAAGCCUUCAGAACCGGCAGGUUCCUCACCGGCUUCAACGCCCUCAGACGAACCCCAGGCUCAACCCUAACUUUCAGAUUCCUAGCUGUUCUUGCCAACGCAGGGGAAAUGAUCUACUUCUUUUUCGACCAUUUUCUUUGGUUAUCAAGAAUUGGGUUGGAGACAGAGAGGAAACUAGUUGCCCUAAAAGAAGAAGAUUCAAAUGAUGUGAAGGAGAGUAUAAGGAAGAUCAGAGCUGAUAGAGUGAUGAGGCUGAUGGCGGUGGCGGCCAAUGUGGCGGAUUUGAUCAUUGCGGUGGCUGAUAUAGAGCCGAAUCCGUUCUGCAACCAUACCGUGACCCUGGGAAUAAGUGGGUUGGUCUCUGCUUGGGCAGGAUGGUACAGGAAUUGGCCUUCUUGAAGGAAAUGAGAAUUGGGGAAUCUGUAACUUCAAAAAUUAGAACUCCACACUAAAGACUUUCGAAUGUACAACAUAGAAAAGAAUAGAAUACUAAGAAAACA